AUGGGUUGUUUAAGUCUCUUAUCAACUAUUUUCGUUCUUCUUUUUCUUCUUAUGGUCCCCAUUAAUGGAAAACCUCGAGUCCCUGCAUUGUUCUUCUUUGGAGACUCUACUGUUGAUGUUGGCAAUAACAACUAUCUACCUACUUUUGUUAAAGCAAACUAUCUUCCUUAUGGAAGAGACUUUGUGAAUCACUAUCCAACCGGAAGAUUUUCCAAUGGAAAAGUUAUUAGUGACUUCGCAUCUGAAAUCUUUGGAUUUACCUCCUAUCAACCUGCUUACCUCAGUUUAUAUAUCAAAGGAAAGAACAUCUUGAAUGGGGCUAACUUUGCCUCAGCUGGUUCUGGUUACCAUGAUUCUACUGCCAAAUUAUUCCAUUCGCUUUCAUUGAGCCAACAAUUGGAACACUAUAAGGAGUACCAGAAGGAUUUAAUGAAAAUAGCAGGGAGAACAGAUGCAUUGUCAAUUAUAAAUGGUGCUUUAUAUAUGGUUGGUUUUGGAAGUGGUGAUAUUUUAUUGAAUUAUUACCUAAAUCCAUUGCUUCGCCUGGUUUAUACUUCUGAUCAAUUCACAGACAUUCUUGUGCAAAAUUAUGUCGAUUUCAUCCAGAAUUUAUAUGCACAAGGAGCAAGGAAAAUUGCUGUGAAAACAUUAACUGCGAUAGGUUGCUUGCCUGCAGCCAUUACCGUGUUUGAUUCUGCCUAUAGCAACACAUGUGUGGUGGAAUUGAACAAUGUUGCUCUUAGCUGUAAUCAAAAGCUGAACACCACAUCUGUGAACUUGAGAAAAAUGCUUCCCGGUCUCAAUUUGGCUCUCCUUGACGGCUAUCAACCUCUUUAUAACCUAGUCACAAAACCCUCUCAAUAUGGAUUUACUGAAACAAGGAAUGGGUGUUUUGGGACAAGCUUCCUAGAGAAAACUUCUACUUCAUUUAAUAAUAAAAAUACCUUUAUAAAAUUAUGUCCUAAUGCAUCAAAAUAUGUAUUCUGGGAUGCUCUUCAUCUCUCAGAGACUGCAGUCAAGUUUGUGGCGUCUGAGAUGUUUUCUAAUGCCAUCUCUCUUAUACCGUAA